AUGUCGACCGAAGGUGCAGACGAUGUGGUUCUGGAUUCAUCCAGUGUUUCGGAAAUAAUAAAACAAGAUGCAAACGUUGCGAUUCGGGAGUUGGGCUUCUACUACGAGGAUGACGCGACUGUCGGAACGAAAACCUCAGCCAUGAUCAAGAGACGCAUCGACUGCCAGUCAAAAGAAGGCCUGGACUUUUACGAGGCCAACAUCCUGAACGACAGUCGCGUACAAGACAUCCUCGACUCGUUCUUUCCGCCUUCGUCCCGUAUCGUCAUGGCGCGUUACAGAAAUUUCUCAAGCGAUCCCAACCAUAUCUUCCAAUACAGAGUUGGAGUACACGCCUCCAACGGCCUGUUUGAACCGGCUAUCGCUGCUUUGAAGAACGCAGGCUGCAGCGAGCGCACGACAGUAGACUUUGAGCACGGCGGACUGACGCCCGAACUGCCUUCAGAAUUGAGCAAGGUGCUCUAA